AUGGCGGCGAACUUCCGGAGGACGCUGUGCAAGUUCUUCCUGGAGGGGCGCUGCCAGAAGGGCGCCGCCUGCGACUGGUCCCACGACGAGGGCGGCGCGGGCCCCGGGCCCGCGCGCCCGGCGGCCAGGGCCCCGCCGGUGAAGCGGACGCUGUGCAAGUUCUUCCUGCAGGGCAGGUGCGAGGCCGGCGAGGGCUGCACCUGGGCCCACGGCGAGGAGGAGCUCGGCGCGCCCGUCGCGGCGGCGGAGGAGGGGGGCGCCGCGCCCGGCGAGAUCGACUGGCUCGACGAGGCGGCGCUGGACGCCGAGAUCGCCGCCGCGGCCGAGGAGCUGGAGCUGGAGGAGCUGGGCGGCGAGGCGGCCGACGGUGCGCCGGAGGAGGAGCUGGAGCUGGAGCCGGGCGGCGAGGAGGCCGACGGCGAGCUCGCGGAGGCGGGCGGCCUUCGACCGCCAGCGCUCGGCCUGGGCACCAAGCGGACCAUCUGCAAGUUCUGGCAGGAGGGCCGGUGCAAGAACGGGGACGGCUGCACGUGGGCGCACGGCGAGGACGACAUCGGCUCCCCGGCGCCGUUUGCCGACGAGGGGGCG